AUCUCAAUCGGUAGCCAACUAAUUGAGUACGUACACGUAGUACGUGGUGACUAGGAUCAAUGGCGUUCCGACGCCCUGUCGCCCCGUUGCUGGUUCUGCUGCUCUCCUCCUGCCUCGCCGCCGGUCCAGCUCCGGCGACGGCGCAGAGCACCGGCGACACCGUCGUCUUCUGGGGCCGGAACAGCGACCAGCAGGAGGGCUCCCUCGCGGAGGCCUGCGACACCGGGCUCUACACCACCGUCUUCGUCUCCUUCCUCAGCGCCUUCGGCCACGGCACCUACAAGCUCGACCUCUCGGGCCACGCCCUCUCCGCCGUCGGCCCGGACAUCAAGCACUGCCAGUCCAGGGGCAUCCUCGUCCUCCUCGCCAUCGGCGGGCAGGGCGGCGAGUACUCCCUCCCGUCGUCCCAGGCCGCCGUCGACCUCGAGGACUACCUCUGGAACGCCUUCCUCGGCGGCGGGCGGCAGGGCGUCGCCCGCCCCUUCGGCGACGCCGUGGUCGAUGGCGUCGACUUCUUCAUCGACCAGGGCGCGACGGAGCACUACGACGAGCUGGCGAGGCGGCUGUACGCGCACAACAAGGACUACAAGGGGAGGCUCGGGGUGAUGCUGACAGCGACGGCGAGGUGCGGGUACCCCGACCAGCGGCUGCAGGCGGCGCUGGCGACGGGGCUCUUCUCGCGCAUCCACGUGAAGGUGUUCGGCGACGGGCGGUGCGCCGCGGGCAGGAGGGAGGAGCUGGAGAAGUGGAUGGCGGCGUACCCGCAGAGCCGGGUGCUGGUCGGCGUGGUGGCGUCGCCGGAGGCGGACAGGGAGGCCUACCUGUCGCACAAGGAUCUCUACUACGACGUGCUGCAGUUCAUCAACAAGCUCCCCAACUUUGGAGGCAUCAUGGUGUGGAACAGGUACUGGGACAGGAAGACCGGAUGGACCGCUGGUAACGAGCCUGGCCUGCAACAGAUGAAGUAGUGGCUACUUUAAUCAAAA